UCCGACUGUGCCAGGUCACGAUCACUGCCACACGAGCCUGAAAGACGGGACUUGAAGAUCGUGUGUGUGCACGGCGUGUACGCUAGCUAGUAGUCGACAAGUGGGGAUGAAAUGUGAAUGAUCCUAGCCGGCGGUAGUGAGGGAUAAGGAUAGUGAGAGUGGGGGACGCCGCUUCGGAAAUGGCCGCGGGAAAGUAGAAAGCGGUGUGCGGCGGUGUGUUUCGACGGUUUGACCGAUGGAUCGGCUUGUAACCAUACGUGAGAGACAACCGAAUAUGUAAUAAUUCCAUAAUCGCGGAGCACGGUGCGUGUUUUGAUCAGUAAUGUAAGGGGGGGAAAAGGUGGUCAGAAAUUGAAAAAAAAUUCGUUACUCGGUUAUUUAAACCCCGAUUUAAUUAUAGAAGGGCGAAACGGGUGAUUUUUAUUCUUCGUCUUUAAUGAACAUUUCCUCGUCGUUAUCAGCCCCCCGUGUUUCCCUACGCUGACGCACUGCCACCGAGGGCAUAUUAUUGAGGAAUGGCUGGGGACGGUGCUAACAAUGAAACGAAGGAGCGGGGCGAGCAGUGUGCGUCAGCUCGGGGGGAGCCGCAUUCCAGAGUGGGCGGCACGGUGGAAUGUGAUCAUCCACCUCCCGAUCCACCCGGUAACAGGAAUUCAACCAGCAGCAUGAACACCAUAGCGAAUUGGCGAUUCGGGAACUCGGUCUCCUUCAUCGAAAUUUGCCAGAUACGUCUUCGGCAUUUAUUUCCUCACCUAUCCCCGCCACCUUUGCGUUACAACACAUGCGAAGAUUCGGUGGAACUGACAGCAGAGCGUCUUGGUAACGAUGUCAUACGCUAUCUACUUAAAGAAGAUUUAUAUCAGGUGUCAAAGGAUCCAGUGUCCAGAAGCAUGCGGCAUAACGUCCACCAGAUGCUCAAUAAGCACAGUAUACUAUUCACCAGUAUGGUAAACAGACUGAAUGUUGUUCCUGAUACAGCUUACGAGGCUUUCAUGGCCGUUGCUGACGAACUGUUCUACAAUGGCGGAAUAACCUGGGCUAGAAUCGUUUGCCUGUAUGCUUUUAUGGGGAGAUUGGCUCUCUGGGCUAGAGACAGGAGGAUGUAUGCGUUGAAAAAGAAAUUACCCUCUUAUGUGUCAAGGUACGUCAGCGAAGAGAUCGCCCAUUUCAUCAAGGGAUAUGGAGGAUGGGAACAACUUUGUAUAGAGUAUCCAGUUGCUGAAGAGGUCAGUGGAGCCGUUUGGCGCAGUCUAUUGAUGACUGGUGCAACCCUGGGAUUGAUUGCCACAAUUCUGACUGUAGCAUCUUAAGGUCUUUAAUCCAGGGUAAACGUACAAUAGUAAUGGGACUAAAGGAGAAAAAGAUGAAUAAAGAACAAAUUUUCAAGUACUUAUAUUCUGUGAUUAGAGUUGUUAAAAUAUUUUUCAAAGAAACAACGACGUUUCUAAAAUUUCUGUUGCAUUUGCAACAUUGUCCAGUGACCGGAUUUUAAACUAUCCAAACCAAUAUUCGAUUUUUGAUUGAACAAAAAAGGUCUAUAUUUGUCGGUUAUUAAAUAUGAAUGAGGAUGAAGUUAGUAAUGUUAAUGUAACGAUACAUGAUCGGAAAAAUGGUUACUUUGCUCCUUUAGGAUUGUCUGAAAGUUAGUAAAAUGAAUAAAUAAAAUACAUUGAUAUUUUGCAAAACCAACCCAUUGAAAGUCAUUCUAAAAUUGCACAAUAAUGACUGUUUUGCUGGUGUUUUGUUACAUUAAUGUUACUAACUUCAGCCUGAUAUAUAUGAUAAGUUCAGCAGAGGGUCGAACAAUUUUUACUGGAUGUAUUAGCGGGAACUUUUGUUUGAAUAAUUCGGAAUUUUCUGAUAUUUUCACAAAUUUCUUUCAGACGGGAUAAUCCCUGAAAUCGAAAACUCUUGAAACAUUGCCCAAUCAUUAGACAUCUUGAAGUUGAUAUAGACUCAUUAUUACAUAUAACAAAUGAGGCAACUAAUAUGAAUAUUUUAUAAAAUUUAUCAGAGCAACAAAAAUUAACAAGACCAACAAAUUUAAUUUUAUUGGAAUUAUAAUAGUGCUCUCUGAGAAAAAAAUUUGGGAAAGUUCUGGUUCGUAUUUUUGUCAUCCUACCAAACAAGUUUCUCUAUAAAUUACUUAUUUAUGGAGCCUGUACAUCUUGUAUAUUCAGAUAGCUUACAUUAAUGACGAUGCAGUACGAGUUUCCUGUUGCAUGCAGUAACAAUAUUAUAUUGCAAAAAAAAUUUUUUACCUUUAAAUAAUUAGCUUUAGCUUCAGCCUCGGCUUAGCACAGAUAUUGGUGAAAAUAAAUAACUCGAUGAAGUAUAAGUAGAAGAAAAAUAAUUAUAACACUAAUACUCAAAAUCAAUUAAUCUGAUCUCAAAACCAACAAGAAAACAUGAAUCUCAAAAUUGUAUUGAAUUUAGGUAGAAAGCAAACUAUUUGUAUUUAUUUAUAAUUUAUUCUAGGUAGAAAAUAUAUUAAAUAACAAAUUCCAUAAAUGAUAAUGCUCUCAGAAUACAAGGGAGGAGAACGUCACGUACGAUAUUCGAUCCUUGUGUUUUGGGAUAGCAAUAUAGCGUAUGUAUGCUUGGCCAUUAGUGGUUUACAGUAGCGUCUCUGUCCCACAAAUUAUAAUGUAAUAUGUAAUUUAAAGAUUUAUCAAAUGUGUCGUAACAAUUUUUUUAUGACUAUAAACUCUGUAUUUUUUAGUUUUAAUACCUUUGUCAUUGAAAUUUUUGUACGAACUUAGAUUGCAAUAAUAAACACUUUUAAUAUCUUAA